AUGUCGCUCGAGGACGUUAUUCUCAGCAACGAUGUCGCAGGGGUAAGAGCCUUCGUCAAUGCAGCUGCCAACAACGCCGUAAAUGCGGUGAACAGGGAGGGCUAUGUUCCGCUGUACUUUGCGUGUAUGAAGUUGUCCGUGUCUCUGCCGGUGAUCGAGGAGCUGGUGCGACUAGGCGCUGCGGUCGACGGCAAGGGUGCCGACGGCGAGACACCCUUGUACAUUAGCGUGUACAAUCACCGUCUGGACGUGGUGAAGUACCUCAUCGCUUGCAAGGCAGAUGUGAACGCAGUGAACGGACCGCAUAGAGAAACUGCUCUGCACGUGGCGGCAAGAUGCGGGUUUGCAGACAUUCUGUCCUGCUUGCUGAGCUCCGGUGCCGACCUGAAUGUGCGCAACGCGCGACAAGAAACCCCUCUGUACGCAGCUGCGCAAGCUGGUCGCCACGACACCGUGUAUCUGCUACUCAAGUCCGAUGCAAACACUUCACUUUCGAACGAAGACGGCAAGACGCCGCUUUACAUCGCCUCUGAAAAGGAGUACAAGCACGUGGUCGUGCUUUUCAAGGCCUCCCACGACGACUUGACGCUUGCGAAGUCGCUCGCUGACUCAGAGUUGCGACUGCGUCCAGAGCCGAUGAUGUCGUCCGACCAGAUCCUGGACAAAGCCGCAGCUGAUCAACAGUUCGCAGCAGCAGUGCGUCGACGUUCUUCUGCUGGUGCGCCAGCGCCAGAGACGAAGCCGAUGGAGGUGGUUGAAAUCAAGGUGCCGGAGCCCAAGGUACGUAGGCACAACCCUCUGACGGGAGAGUCGUACGGCCCUUGCCGCACUCUGGAGGAGGUGGGCUACGAUUCGCCUCCGCCAAUUCCAACGGAGCUGCAGAACCGGCCACCGGCGAGGCUUUCGCGCGUUGGGGGCACGUCGAUGGUGGUCGGGACCGGCACGGAGGAAGGUGGUCGUGAGCCUAUUCGCAUCGAUUUGAUCGGUGGAGAUGUUUUUAAGUACUACGCGCCAUCCAAGAAAUAG